AUGUUGAGCGAGGAGUUCGACGUGAAGGAUCUAGGUGCAGCACAGAAGAUCCUUGGCAUGGAGAUUCAGAGAGAUAGGACCGCUGGAAGGAUCUGGAUAUCACAAGCCAAGUAUAUUUGGAAGGUUCUUGAGAAGUUCAACAUGCAAGAAGCAAAGGCAGUUUCGACUCCUUUGGCAGCUCACUUCAAGUUAAGUGGGCAACAGUGUCCUAAGUCCGAGGAAGAGCAGCAAGUAAUGGAGAAGGUGCCUUAUGCUAAUGUCGUGGGCUGCCUUAUGUAUGCAAUGGUAUGCACACGUCCCGACAUAGCUCAAGCAAUUAGUGUCGUUUCCAGAUACAUGGCAAAUCCAGGAAAGCAACAUUGGGAUGCAGUCAAGUGGAUUUUGCGUUAUUUGAAGGGUUCUUGGCGACAAAGGAUUAUGUUUGAGAAGCAAAAAGAAAAUGCAAGGGUGUUGGGAUAUGUGGAUGCUGAUUAUGCAGGGGACUUGGACAAGAGAAGGUCAACUUAUGGUUAUGUGUUUACAUGCGCAGGAGGACCGAUCAGUUGGAGGGCACUAUUACAACCAAUUACAGCUUUGUCGACCACAGAGACAGAGUAUAUUGCAUUGGCCGAAGCUGGAAAGGAAGCAAUUUGGCUUAAUGGCUUGGUAAGUCAAAUGGGAAUCACCCAAGAUUGUGUGAAGCUGAAGUGUGAUAGUCAAAGUGCCAUUUACUUGGCAAAGAAUCAAGUUUUUUCUGGAAGAUCAAAGCACAUUGAAGCAAGAUAUCACAGAAUCAGAAAUUGGGUGGAGUCUAAGGAGAUUUGGAUUGAAAAGAUUCAUACGGAUGACAAUGCCGCAGAUUUCCUUACAAAGAUAGUGUCGGCCAAGAAGUUCAAGCAUUGCUUGAACUUGAUCAAUCUCGUUGAUUGA